AUGCUACAGGAUAAGGAUCAAAAUCAUCAACAUAGUGCUUCAAGUAAAACUAAAAGUUUACAAAGGGUUUCGAAAAUAUCAGCAGACAAACUAGUUGGUGAACCGUUUUCUGUUCUUCGCAGCACUGAAUUUUCGAAAUUUAAAACUGUUUUUGUAAAACAAGAGGAGGAAGAGCAUAAUCUUAUUUAUGGAGGAAUGCAAAUAGAUAAAAACUCUAUAACCACUGAAAUUUCUUCUGCCAAUAAUUUUAGAGCCAAAGAUUUAUCUUGCCUAAUUGAAUACGACAAUGACGAAUCUUUAGAUAUCAAGGAAGAAAUAAUCCAAGAUCAAGCGAAAGUCACAGGCCAGAAAUAUGAUGACAAAUAUGAGCGGAAGAAAAAGAAGCAGGGAAUUAAGAUUUUAAAUCAUAAACCAGAAAAUGAAUACAAAAAACGCGAUACCGUGCCACUUUUCGGGUGUAAAUUCUGCGGCAAACAAUUUACGCGAACACAUUACUUGAGUCGACACGUAAAACGAGUACAUCUUAAAUCAAACACACAAACAUCGAAAUCCACCUAUAAAUGCGACAAAUGUUCUCGAAGUUACAAUUGGCCAUAUGGUUUAAAACGACAUAAACUUUUAGAACAUGGGUCUGUUACACCGCAAUUCACUUGCGAUAUUUGCGAAUUCAAAACUAAACGCAAAGAUACCUUGUCAUUUCAUAUUAUUUCAAAACAUCUCAAUAAGUAAUAACUGUUAUGCACUCGAAAUUUCCAUCUUUAGGAAAUUUCUCAUACCAAUUUAAAAAACUAUUUUCUGAAU